AUGCUUCUUUCGGUGCUGUCGGCCGUCCUCGGCCUUUCAGCCUCAGCUGCUGCUGCCCUCACCUACAAAGGUGUUGACUGGUCGUCUGUGGCGGUGGAAGAGAAGACCGGCGUCUCUUACAAGAAUGUGAACGGUGGUGCCCAGCCCAUCGAGCAGAUCCUGCGAGACAGCGGCGUCAACACGGUCCGUCAACGGGUAUGGGUAAAUCCAUCCGGAGGCACAUACAACAUGGCCUAUAACAUCAACCUGGCCAAGAGGGCGAAGAACGCUGGGCUUGGUGUUUAUGUUGACUUCCACUUCAGUGACACUUGGGCGGACCCGGCGCACCAGUCGAUUCCUUCGGGAUGGCCAACUGCCAUUGACGACCUGGCUUGGAAGCUGUACAACUACACACUCGAUGCGUCGAACCAGUUUCAGGAUAACGGUAUCCAGCCAACCAUCAUGUCCAUCGGCAACGAAAUUACCGGCGGUCUCCUUUGGCCAACGGGAGGCACUUCCUCGUGGCAUAACAUCGCGCGCUUGCUCCACUCGGCAUCUGCCGGUAUCAAGGACUCGAGGCUGAGCCCCAAGCCCAAGAUCAUGAUCCAUCUUGAUAACGGAUGGAACUGGAACACCCAGAAUAACUGGUACACAAAUGUGUUGAAGCAAGGGCCCCUGGUUUCUUCGGACUAUGACAUGAUGGGGGUCUCCUUCUACCCCUUCUACUCGGCCUCGGCGACUCUGGCGUCCUUGAAGUCGAGCUUGACAAACAUGGCCAACAAAUGGGGCAAGGAGCUCGUCGUUGCUGAGACCGACUGGCCAAUCUCUUGCCCCAACCCAGCCUAUGCGUUCCCGUCAGACGCCAAGAGCAUUCCCUUCACGGCCGCGGGACAGUCGCAGUGGAUCAAGGCCAUCGCAGACGUGGUAGCUUCGGUGCACAAGGGCAAUGGGCUGUUCUAUUGGGAGCCCGCUUGGAUUCAUAAUGCCAACUUGGGCUCGUCGUGUGCGAAUAACUGCAUGUUCUCGAACUCGGGGCAGGCGUUGUCCAGUCUGUCAGUGUUCCGUAACAUCUGA